AUGGAGGGAUUACUGGAUUUCUCCCGAGAGUUUGAUGUAACUCUUAUGGAUAAGGUCGUCAUGGCUUUUUACACUGGUGGAGGUGCAGAUCAACAAAUGGCUCAGCAGAUUCUCACUCAAUUCCAAGAACACCCCGACUCAUGGACGAGAGUACCCGAUAUAUUGGAACGAUCGUCUUUUCCUCAAUCGAAGUUCAUAGGUCUACAAAUCCUUGAGAGACUCAUCACUACGCGAUGGAAAACGCUACCCGAUGGUCAGCGCCAAGGCAUCCGGAACUUCAUUGUUGGCGUAACGGUGAAGGUUGCGUCGGACGAGGUUUCUCUUCGGAAAGAGAAGACUUAUGUCAAUAAGUUGAAUCUGGCACUUGUUCAGAUUCUCAAACAAGAAUGGCCUCAUAAUUGGCCUACGUUCAUUACGGAACUUGUCGAAUCCUCUAAGACAAACCUCUCACUUUGCGAGAACAACAUGGUUAUCCUCAAACUCCUUUCCGAGGAGAUCUUUGACUUUUCCGCCGAGCAAAUGACUCAAACUAAAAUCAAAAAUCUUAAAAACCAAAUGUGUGGAGAAUUCUCAGAGAUUUUCAAGCUUUGUUCAGAAGUCCUGGAAGAAGCCCAGAAAACGUCGCUCAUUAGAGCUACUUUGGAGACGCUACUCCGGUUCUUGAACUGGAUCCCUCUCGGCUAUAUAUUUGAGACAACCAUAAUUGAUCUCCUCCUAAAUCGCUUUUUGGAAGCACCGGAAUUUCGCAAUGUGACAUUGAAGUGUCUUGCAGAGAUUGCCGCAUUGAAUGUAGGACCAGAAUACGACCCAAAAUUUGUCAUCCUCUUCGCCAUGGUCAUGACAUCUAUAAAUCGCAUGAUUCCGCCAAGCACGAACAUUGCCCAAGCGUAUGCCAACGCAGGAGACGCAGGUCAAGAACUUGUUCUGAACCUCGCACUUUUCCUGGCUAACUUCCUUUCGAAUCACCUACGUGCUGUUGAAACCGAACAGAAUCGUGACGUUCUCUUGAACGCGCAUCUGUACAUGGUAAAAGUAUCGCAAGUGGAUGAGCGCGAAAUUUUCAAAAUUUGUCUGGAGUACUGGCUCAAGCUUGUCGCCGAGUUGUACGAGGAAAUUCAGAGUUUGCCGAUUGGUGAAUCGGGUUUGUUGAUGGGUUUGAGUUUGGGAAACAACGGAGCCCAGAACAUGUUGAAUGGCAUGUCAUUGAGGAAGAACAUUUACAGCGAUGUUCUGUCAAAUCUACGACUGGUUGUGAUCGAACGAAUGGUCAAGCCAGAGGAGGUCCUGAUUGUUGAGAAUGACGAGGGGGAGAUCGUCCGAGAGUUCAUGAAGGAGAUCGAUACCAUUGUACUGUAUAAGUCAAUGCGUGAACUUCUGGUCUACCUCACCCAUCUCGACGUCUCAGACACAGAAACUAUCCUCACAGAGAAACUUGCGAAGCAGGUCGAUGGGUCUGAAUGGUCGUGGAACAACCUCAAUACCCUUUGCUGGGCUAUCGGCUCUAUCUCGGGUGCUAUGAACGAAGAGACGGAAAAACGUUUCUUGGUGACGGUAAUCAAAGAUCUCCUCGGGCUGUGUGAGAUCAAACGCGGAAAAGACAACAAAGCGGUCGUCGCUUCUGAUAUCAUGUACAUUGUUGGUCAAUACCCUAGGUUCCUCAAGGCACAUUGGAAGUUCCUCAAGACCGUGGUCAACAAACUCUUUGAAUUCAUGCACGAAACUCACGAAGGCGUGCAAGACAUGGCGUGUGACACGUUCAUUAAGAUAGCACAAAAGUGCCGUCGUCACUUUGUCAUGCAACAAUCAGGGGAGCAAGAACCAUUCGUCGACGAAAUUUUGCGUUUGCUCCAUAGAAUUACCGUCGAUCUGUCACCUCAACAGGUUCAUACCUUUUACGAAGCGGUUGGAUACAUGAUUUCAGCCCAACCUAAUAAGCCUCAGCAAGAAAAACUUAUUGCGAAGCUCAUGGAGCUGCCAAAUAAUGCCUGGGAUUCGUUGAUGGCGCAGGCAGCACAAAACAUGGACGUACUAUCUAGCAACGACAAUAUCAAGAUCUUAUCGAACGUUCUGAAGACAAAUGUAUCUGCAUGUACAUCAAUAGGCAGUUUUUACCUUCCUCAAAUUGGCCGGAUCUUCUUGGAUAUGCUAGGGUUGUAUAAAGCGGUCAGCGGUAUCAUCAGCGAAACGAUAGCGAAAGAGGGUAUUAUUGCAACCAAGACUCCAAAAGUUCGACAAUUGCGAACGGUGAAAAAGGAAAUCUUGAAACUUAUGGAAACGUACAUCAAGAAAGCAGAGGAUCUCGAGGCGGUGAACAUCAACUUUAUGCCGCCCCUCCUCGAUGCUAUCCUAGGGGAUUAUAAUCGCAAUGUCCCCGCUUCCAGGGACGCGGAGGUUCUGAAUGUUAUGGCUACAAUCAUUGGCCGUCUUGGGCCGCUCUUAACCCCCCAAGUUCCCGCUAUAUUGGAUGCUGUUUUCGAACCUACAUUGAACAUGAUCAACCAAGACUUUGCCGAGUUCCCUGAACAUCGUGUUGGAUUCUUCAAACUCCUCCGCGCUAUCAACCUACACUGCUUCCCUGCAUUGUUAGGUAUUCCCCCCGCCCAGUUCAAAUUGUUUAUGGACAGUAUUAUUUGGGCUAUCAAGCACACCAUGCGCGACAUCGCAGAUACUGGCUUAAAUUUAUGCUUGGAGGUCGUCAACAAUUUUUCCAGUGCUGCCGACCCAGCUGUUACCAACGCCUUCUUCCAGCAAUAUUUCCUCAGCAUUGUUCAAGACAUAUUCUUCGUCUUGACUGAUGCCGAUCAUAAGAGCGGAUUCAAGCUUCAAAGUGUACUACUUGCGCGGAUGUACCAGCUUGUUGAGAUGAACGUCAUCCAAUCACCAUUGUUCGACCCCGCACAAAUGCCAGAUCCCAACAUAAGCAACGUAGUAUUCUUGCGGGAAUACACUGCAAACUUGCUUAAGACGGCUUUCCCCCACGUCAGGAGCUCGCAGGUACAAAUCUUCGUCGGGGCGCUCAGCGAGAACCACAACGAUAUCAACCGAUUCAAGUUGGCUCUUCGAGACUUCCUCAUCCAGCUCAAAGAGUUCUCCGCGGGGGACAAUACCGAACUCUUUUUGGAAGAGAAGGAGCUUGAGAGUCAAGCAAAGGCGGAAGCUGAACGUCAAACAGCGAUGCGGAUUCCGGGAAUGCUCAAGCCUGACCAGAUAGAAGACAAGGAUGAGGAUAUAUGA